AUGGGCAAGCCACAGCAGAAACGCCAGUCCAGGGCCAGCAGGAGGGCUGGAGGGAUUCGAAAAAGAGCCAGUAAGCCUGCAAAGCCCAUGCCAAAGGCCCUGAAGGACAAGCUCAGAGACAUUGCUUACUCCAAGACGGCCCACGGGUUCGUCCCUGAGGAUAUCCUCUUUGAUAACCAGCCUCGACCUGCAGGAUACGUCUUUGUGCCCAAGGGAAACGUCUACAUCACCAGGAAGUGCCGGUCCCAGACACACGAUCUCGGCUCUCCCGUCUUCACCGUCUACUGUUCCACGACUUACAAGCAAACUGGUCUGUACGUCCCCGCCAGCGUGCAGUCAGCCGUCGAGCUAGAGUCCCAGGAGACAUUCGAAGACCGCAAAAAGGCCGUAGCCCAGAAGGAUGCCCGGGAUCGACAGAAGGCUCGGGAGUUGCUGCUCAGAGAGUUCCCCAACAUGCCUAGGUCAGAUCUUACCGCUGUGCUCAACCAUGCUUUUCUCAAGGGGUCCAGACGAGUCGGCAGGAGUGGCAAGGUUGCCAACGAGAAGGACAAGGUCAGGCUGGCGGUUGAAGCCCAUAUCAGACACGUCCAUACCGAGUAUGAUGACAUGAUCCGCCGUGGACUCACCAGGGAGAGGGCAAGGGAGAAUAUUUGGGAUGAAGUUGUCAUCUUAAGAGACUCAUGGAAAAAGUGA